CAGAGUUGUUAUUUAGAGAUUCAGCAUGCAUAAGAUUUUCAGCAUGCACAUUUACCACUCGGUUGUUCUCUUGAUAACUAUAAGCUCGCGUGGUGUAAUGCCGGAAAAUUACACUUCAACUGAAGUUACUACACAUGCUCCUGUCAACCAAAGUUUAAAUUCAGCUGAGAGCGCAUCCAAACUACCGCAAGAAUUGAAUUCGUCAAUAAGUGACAGCGAUAAAGAGUUUACUGCUAGAAUGGCUGUGGCGGUAGAUGGAACGCAAAAAGUCAACCGUGCACCUCGUAAAAUAUUGCAGGAACACGAUAACCAUACCUCAUAUUUAGAUAAGUAUCAGUCUAAAAGUAGAAUUCCUGACGCGCAGUUCUCCGCAACGCACGACGCACCACAAAUAAUCGCUGCACUUCAUAAGAGAGACCUGGACUUGCCGAUGGAUUUGCAGCUCGUCAAAGUUCCGCUACUCGAUACGAGAAAACUCAACUACGAAUUCUUAUACCGCGCGUGGGAGGACCUCAACGAAGGCUACGGCCGCUACGGCGAUGGCAGGCUGCAACGUCAGCGUUUCCAUCACCGCGAGGAGCGCAGCGACGGUCAAACCAAAGGGCAGUUUCGCUUGCGUCUGCCUAACGGUAGAGUGCAAAUCGUCAGCUACCAACAGAUGGACGAUGAAUACCUUGCUAAAGUUGCUUAUCUGCUGCCGGAUCUUGAUAAUGAUUGCUUGGGUAUAGACACAGGCUGUGCUCUCGGUCUUGACAGACUUGAAGUGGGACCAUUUGAAAGUCGUAAUGGAGAUGUGAAGAAAGCAGACUUCACCGAAGAGGAUUAUAAAACUGAUCACAGCCUCAGAUAUCCAUCGAGUAUCUCUGAAAAUCCAGGUUAUCAAUUGACAUCAAAACAACUUCAUCAGGAAAAAACAUUUGAGAAAAAACCUUCAACAUUUGCCGGCUUCGUGCAUCCACAAUACCCCAGCGUUGCGCCGCUACCAAACAAUCUCAAUAAAAAUUCCUUUACGACCGAAAGUAUUUUCCAGGACAUGAAAAAUUCAGGAUUGGUAUAUGGUAUCAACAAGCAAGUAUUUGUAGCAAAUGGAUACAAUCAAUUGCCGCAAGUGAACUUUGAUCCAGACGCACGCAUCAUAAUACCCUUACCUGACAAAUCAGACCGCCAAGGCGGCACUAUUGAAGGGAAGAAAAAUACUGGCCACGAGAGGAGUAAGAAGAUGAGACCAUACUUCGAUCCACUGCUCCGUGAUGUCCCUAAGAAAAAAAUUCCUUCUCGCUUCUCGUUGCAAGGUCGCCCUGAGUAUUAUAUUCCCGGUAAAGUUAUAAUUAAUCCUCCAAUGGGACAUACAAUUUAUGCCAACCCAUCGGCUACACCCCAAACAGAACACAGACCUCAGAAAUUUGAACAUGGGUAUGUAAGAGACUUCCAUGCGCUGGGACACACAUUAACCGCGGAACCAAUGAAAAUUAUUCCCCCAACGACAUAUCGUCCACCAUACUUCCCUGUUGCCAUAAACGGCGAUGAUCCGGGUAUCUCAUCUUCACGAUUUCAAAUACCAAAUAUUUAUCAUCCGUCAAACGCAGCCAACGAGUCUCCUCCACUCAAAAGCAAUGUCAAUUCUCUUUUUAGAAAUUCAUCUGACGCACACAGUAAUUUUUGGCGUUCGCGUAAUCACACUCAAAGUGUAACUACAAACCAUAAAAACAUUAAUGUUCAAGACUCAUUCAAACAGCAGCAAAUUAAAAGUCAUCAAGUGCAGUUCCAAAGUUCAUUCUCAUCACGACAACCACCCCCGCCGGAAUCACAUCAUGCAUCAACUGCGUUCAAUUUACACCAGUCUGACUCAUAUCCUCGAGUGCCAAAUUUUCCCAGUGCUCUGGAUAACUUGCAUCAAAAAAAUACUUUUCAAAGUCCAAGUACUAUUUUCAGAUCGCAGGUGCCGAAUAGAAAGCAUACUCCUAAUUCAAUUGGAACCACUCCUUCUUCAGCAACCUACCCUUCUCCUUGGUCAAGAACUCGAUCUCCACAACCUUCAUCAUUGAAUGAGCAAGAAAACUCUUCUAAACCAAGUGCGCUCCCACCGUCGUCCAUAUUAUCUGCGAUCGGCGCUCCGCUUGACCAAUUUGUAAAUCAGCACAUUCACAUCCCACCUCAACCCACCACAAGAAUUUUGCCGAACCAGCCUAUUGUAACUUACUCUGGGUUCAUGCCUUCAACAUCGUUUGAAUUCCUUGAAGGCCCUAGGGCCCUGGAUUCAAAUUCACUAACCAGAGCAUCAGUUAAUUCUCACAAUGUACUGCAUUUGUCAUCUUCUGAUUUAUCAAGUCUGGAUUACUCAUAUCUGAAUUAUGGAACAAAUUUCCCGACAAGUGUUUCAAAUCAUGUCACUAAGUCCCCUGUGGCUGGAACUGCAAGACACGAGGGCUCUCUAUCUAACUCGUCCGCACAUGGAAAUCAUCUUCCUUUUUCCGUGCACAGAAAUCCAAGAAAAACCACAUCAGUCCCAGGACUAAUUGAUAAGCACCAUCUGCCCCUGCCUAAAAAUGCAAUUCGUGUACAGAAUUCUCUGGCUACCCCUAGCAUCCCCGUCACAUUGCGGCCAGAGCCAAAUGGAGUACGCACAAGUGAAGUUCGUUCUAGUGAAGGUGACAUCUCUUCAUUUUGUUGCCAUUAUAGUCUGCACCCGGGCCUUAGCAAUGGUGAGCGCAAACCAAGUAAGAUCAACUCUUCUAUUCGUCCAAAACCAUCAAUAACGAUUGAUGCAUCUGUAGAAACUAAUAAUACUGGCAAAUCGUUUUAUCCUAUCUAUCCUUAUCUGUCUACUCGUAUGCUUCCCAUCCCUUAUCCAAUGAUAAUACCGAUUCAUCCAUUAAUAAAAAGAAUGGCUCUUCCUGUACCUCGACAAAUACCACCUGUGAUUAGUUACUCAUUAUAAAGCGCAAUUAUAUACUUUAGUUUUACGAUAUUGCACUACAUUGCCCAAAGACUGGGAUAGAUUUUUUUUUUCUUUCCUGGCUCAACGAGUCCCCUAAAUAAGUUAUGGUUCAUUGCUUUAGAAAAUUGCGGACUGUGUGAAAACGCACUUGUGGCAAAGUUCAAAUUUCUGCAUUAAACCAUUUGUAAUGUGUUUUUUUCAUUCAGUAUUUUAGUAAGAUUAUCAUGCCUAAGCCUUAUCAGAACCUUCCCAUAGUAGUUUCCCACGAUUAUAUUAGUUUGAAAGAUCUUGCCGUCAUAAAUAUAUAUCAUUAUAUCGUAUCAGACACGCUAGCAAAAAAAAACAAUAAUGAUAAUAUAACGAAGAUGCAAUGUAAGAGACGAAUCAGUCGAUUUGAAUAAAUUUCGAUGUAUAUUUUGCACACAAGACGCAAAAAAGGAUUAGUGUUCUCAUUUCAACGGAGCAGCCAUUCAUCUUCCAUAGCAGAUUAACUACGCGCGAAUAGUUCUGAACUGCAACUGCAGUCUCAAUGAAAUUAGAAAUUUAUUUUUGGUCGUUGGUAUUGUACUCUAUUUUGUGUGUAUUUUAGACAGCGAGUAA